AUGCUGGGCUGGAAGUUGGCGGAAGAUGGCCCUAAAGCACCGCCAUUCUCUCCCGCAGUUACAGCACUGGGGGUGUCAGUGGAUGUCAGCGACCUACAUCAAGGACUAGUCCUGAUCGACAACACUGAAAAGCGGGCACUGGAGUUGCUGGACACCAUUUCAAGUGUCAUUCAGUUCUGUCGUAUGACCAAAAAGGAAGCUCUGCGGCUGAGAGGCCGUAUGCAGUUCGUGUCAGGCCAAAUCUUUGGCCGUGUGGCUAAACGUUGCCUCUCUGCGGUGACACAGCACGCAUACGACACUGGCGAUGGCAGGUUGUCAGAUGUCCUGUUGACAUCCCUGGAGCGUUUUUGUGGGCUGCUGCAGAUGAAGGCCCCUAGGACUUUGACCAAGAAGAGCACCAUGACCUGGUUCAUCUUCACAGACGCAUCCCAUGAAAGCGGCGGAGAUUCUUCUGUAGCUGGAGUAGGUGCAGCCCUGGUGAAUAGUUUGGGUGAGAAGGUAAACUUCUUUUCCGAAAGACUUGAUGACGAUUUGUUGACAAAGAUCAAUGUGUCGAAAAGAAAGACGAUGAUUUUCGAAUGUGAGUUUUUCGCAUUCUUCUGUGCAAUGUGGCUUUGGAAGGAGAAUCCAAUCAUGGAAGUCGUAGAGAGGUCAGCAUCCUGUGGCGGCUGUGACUAUGAUGCGAUUGCGGCCCAAUAUGAUUCACUCCACAAGGACCCUGAAAGUCUACAGGAGGAUCAAGCGAUUGCGGGAUUCUUGAGAGAGUUUCUUGGCAGAUUUGGCAGGUACCUGGCUCCCGGUUGCAAAGUCCUGGACCUGGGCUGUGGCACCGGGCUAUUGCUGGAGCUGUUAGCUCUGCAGCCGGAGGAUUACCUCGGCAUCGAUCCCUCCGGGAAGAUGUUGGAGGAGUUGAAGAGGAAGUUUCCGGAGCAUGAGACCAAGAAAAAGGCCUUUGGAGCAGAAGACUUGGAGGAUGUUGAUGUGGCAGUUUCAUUAUUCGGACCCGUCAGCUACGUUGAUCCAGAGUUGGUCUUCCAGCUGGUCUCCAGUGGUGUGAACUACUUCCUGAUGUUUUACAAGGAAGGCUACCGACCGGUGACCUAUGACAUGUGCCAAGUGGACUUCCAUCCCUAUCCCUUCCAACGAUACAAUCUUCCAAGUCAAGACUUCGGCAGUUUUUCGGUGGUCACCAACCUCCGCACUCCAGAUGGAUCUUUGGCAUUUCCCCGCCAGUCCCUGCGAAGAGCGGAGCGGGCCAAAACCGAGCCUUCCGGGGUCAAGUCGAAGCCGAGUGGUGGACUUUCUGCCGAACUUGAAAGCUCCUUGGACAGCGACGUGCUGCUGAAGGGACACGGCAAAGGCAUUGCGAAGGGCUCGUCCCUGGGGGGAACGAUCGUGACGAUGCUGAAUGCCUAUAUGGGAUCUGGAAUCUUGGUACUUCCCUAUGCCUGGAAACAAGCUGGCUGGCUCUUUGUGCUUCCCUUCCUCGCGGUGGCGAUGAUGAUGAGCUUCACCCUGUGGCUCACGGGUACUCUCUUGCGCCUUGUGGACGCUCGAGCCAACGAGAUGAAUGUGCCAAUGGUCAGCUGCGACUGGGGGAUGUUGGGUCAGAUGGCUUUUGGAAGGUCUGGCCAGCUGCUGUUCUCUGGUUGUGCCCUUGUGGAUCUUUAUGGCGGCUUGGUGUCAGGACUGAUCUUGGCAUCAAAUCAACUGCAAUUGCUGUUCCCUUCCCUGUCAACUGCAGUUCUCAGUGUUGGCUGCUUUGGAGUUCUCCUCAUACUGCUCUUCGUGGAAGCUAGGCAUUUCUCUUCUUUAGCAGUCGUUGGUUUGGGUAGCAUGUUGAUCAUCCUGUCUUGCCUCCUGAUCAGCGGUGGCGAGCUGGUGGCCCUUGGCGAGGCGGCGGAGGACCAGGUGAUGGUGAACUGGGCAGGACUUCCCCCAGCAGCAGGGGUGGCCAUUUACACCUUCAUGGUGCAUUCAGAGGCACCCUUGGUCUAUCAACUGAUGGAGGACCCCUCCAAAUGGAGCCAAGCUGUACUGUGCAGCACGGGCCUUGCGGCGGCAUUUUUUGUGGCUCUUGCAAUGCUGUGCUACAGUUUCUUCGGCGAUGGCACAGCGCAGUCCUUCCCGAUGAAUUUGGGCCGCAGUCCAUUGAACCUGCAGCUGCUACCAGGAGAACUCAACGGUGCCAUGAGUGCCCUCUGCCUGAUCAGCGUGACGCUGAAGUUGCUGGUGAAUGUGCCAUUGCUGGCAGCUCCCAUUCUGAGGCCUUUGGAGGAGUGUUCGCGCCCCGGCUGCUGGAUGAAGGUCCUCUUCUCUCUGGUCACCGCCUGCCUGUGCCUCUUCCUCCACGAUGAUGCAGCCUUUGUGAUCGAACUCGUGGGCAUCGUGCCACAGAACUUCAUUUGCAUCGUGCUGCCGUGCGCGGCCUUGCUGAAGCUCAAAGGAGACUUGGGAGGCUUUCGAAGUUGCAUCCUUUGGUUGCUGAUCGUCAGCUUCGCUAUCUAUGGCCUGGGUGCAACUGUGGCUGUUGUGUUCGAGAAUGUGUUGCUUGUGGCGGCCCAGUGCCCCGAGAUUCCACCGACGGAUGCGGUCCCACCGCCCGCGCUGUGCUUGCCCUGCCGAGUGCCAGAGGAACCUUACCAGGGCGAGGCAACCUUCGCCAAGUGCGCAGCAAACAACACGGUGGAGGGCUUUCUGCUGGACCCGGACUGGACGCCGCCGAACUGCAGCUUCAGCGAGUGUCCGUAUCCGCAGACCUUACCCGAGGGCUACGUCCGCGACGCCGCAGGCACUGUCUACUGCGCACCGGGAUACGAAGGUACUCCGACCCGCAGAUGUAGCCUGGUUGGCCCGCAAUGUUCCCUACAAAGUGAAGUGGAAGGAUGCCGACGUCUCGAAUCUUGUGAACUUCUUGAGGACCAGGAGUGUCCACGCUUGGACUAUCAGAAGUGUGCCGAGCUCUCGCCCGGCCAAAGCUGUCGAGUGAAUUGCCUGGCGCCUUUUGAGGGCCCCGGCUUGGAGGUGCUGUGUCCAGCCGACAAUACAGAGCCCAAUCGUGAGCCGCUGAGACUGUCCGAGCCAAAUUGCUCGUUGCCUUGUCCGGUACCAGAGCCGAUUCCUUAUGGCUACACCAAUCGCAGCGGUGAAUGGCGCUGCGAGGAAGGCUAUUCGGGCGAGGCCAAAUUAAUUUGCGUCUAUGAUGGAUUGCCGUUUUGUCAAAGAAGAGUAGAGCUUCGGGGGCUCCCUGGUGGCAAUGGGGCAGGCCUGUGUUAUCGUUUGAUGCCCUGUGCGGAUUUGCAGCUGCCACCCGAAGCUGACGAAUGUGAGUUGAACCUGACGGAUUGUCAAGGCGUGGCCCCUGGGGGUCGAUGUCAAGUCAGCUGCUUGACGCCCUUUGUGGAUGGGGGUGUACCUCAAUUCGCCCGAUGUCCGGCUGAGAAUAUGAAUCCCUACUUGGAGCCCAUCUACUCCCAGCUGCCGCGCUGUUUGUUGUCCUGUCCUGAUCCACCGAUGCUACCAGAAGGUUACAAGCAAGAGAUCACAUUCAGUGGUCUGUCGGUCUUUCGAUGCGAUGAUGGCUGGGUGGGCCAAGUGAAUCGCAGCUGCAUCCAUUUUCCCAACUGCUCAUUCCAGGUUCGAUUUGAAGGCUGCAAGCGGAAGGUGCCAUGUCUGCCGUUAGAGGUGAACGAGGAGGAUAGCUGCCGUAUGGAUGUGUCGGCCUGCACAGCCGUUGUUCCGGGUGAGAGCUGCCGCAUCUUCUGCCGCGAGCCCUACGAGGGCCUUGAAGGCACUGCCCAUUGCCCCGAGGACAAUGUCGAUCCAAUGAGGCCGCUUCUCCCGCAGAUGCCACAGUGUCGAGCAUCCUGCGAUGAUCUGCCAGUUGGGUAUAUGCGCACCAGCGAAGGUUGGCGUUGCGCGGAAGGCUUCGGUGGUGUGGCCAGCGUUACACGAGCAGAUUGCGGGGCUCCACUGGAAAUGCGGGGCUGCAGUGUGCUGCAGCCCUGUGCAGUGCCCCAGGCCUUGCGGUUGGUGCGGUUGGUGGUUGAUGAUGGGACCAAUUGGGAUUUCAAGUUCUUCGUCCAUGAAGAAUCGGUGUCGCACUUCAGCGCAGUGGAUGUUUCGCCAGAAUUUUUCAGAUCUCCGGCGUCGGCGUCACUGGCGUCACUGGCUGUUUCGAGCAACGCCUCGCAGUCGCUGUCGACCUGGUCGUGGGACUGCGACUCGCUGCGGUGGCAACGUCUCUGGGCGUCCACCGCCGCGGCCCUGGGCCUCGCGGAAAACGACAACGACGAAAGCCUUCUGGCGACACUCCGCUGGACCCAGCGCCAGGAGGAGCCUUGGUGCCCUGUGGCCGUGGCGGCCAGUCGGCUGGCGCAUUGCAUCCUGACCUUUCAAAGGGAUUGGCAUGGAGAUAUCCUGAAACUGAAGGCAAGGCCCAUUCAUAUGCUGCAGAUACCCAUGCAGCAGGAUUUGCAGCUCAUUUUCCAGCCACAAGUGUUGCUUCCGAAGGACUCCAAGGGGCUUCAAUGGCACCUGCUCUUGUUUGAUGCCAUGGCCAAACUCUCCAGCCUUCUGUGUCCAGUGGCUGAGGAGUCGGGAACAGCUUUAGAUUAUGACUUCUACUGCCAGCAACGCCCCUGGGCUUUCGGCUGUGCUGAACGGCUGCCUUCAUGCAACAGCACGGCCAAAUGGCGCAAGUCGCCCAGCGAGCUGCGGCAAUGCAGGCAGCGAGGUACAACCAGCAACAUCCUGCAAUGCCUCCGCUCUGGGAUGCCGCAUCCGAAGCGCUUUCUGGAUCUCCUGGUGCCUCCUCAGAUCGCCUGGUGGCAAGCUGUCAGUGAUACCCUGCGCGGCCGCACUGGGCACGUUGGGCGCAGGAGACCACAGCCCUCUCCGUGUGGCGCGGCCAUGGCACGCGAAUAUUUGGCCGCCGCGCUGUGUCCGUUGGAUGCAGUAGCUGCACCCAGGGACGGCUAUGCCGACUACACCGUGGUCUUCCCAGGUCACUUGGAAGCCAUGACUUUGGCCGCCACCGCGAGGGAGCUUCCGGGCUGCGGGGUGGAGAUGGAACUUCACCUUCAGGUUGGGGAGUUGCAGUUGCAGGCACCCACCGUCCUGGAGCCAUGUGAAGGUGUGGCAUGUCGAGAGCAGUGUGCUACCUGGGAGGCCUCCAACUACCUGCGCUUCAGCUGUGGGGCUGGUGGCAUGUCAUGGAUGGCUGCUACUGGCUCGGGGCAUGCCACCGAACCGGCGCUGCACACAGUACUGCGAUGUCGCUUACCGUGGCGGGUGUUGCCCAAGUGGCUGGGUGGAAGGGCUGCGGAUCCCAACCUUUUUUUGGAGCUGCGAGAGCUGGACGGAGUAUUUUCCAAACCGAUUCAGCUCAAAGUUUGUCCAUACCAGCGACCCAAAACACGACAGAAUAUUGCCUUUUGCGUUCGACCCGUAUUUGGGGCUGUGAAGAUCUCACAGUUGCUGGACGACUGGCUGACAUAUCACAGAAUGAUGGGCCUGGAGCACGUCUUUCUAUAUGAUUUGGAUGGUUCUCUUGAGCCUCUCUUGCUAAAAGGUGCUCCCGCUGCGUUGCAUCAAAAUGGUCGAUUGACCUACAUCAGCAACUUCUCCCAUCGGAUGGGUGUUCGCGUCCAUGGUCUUAACCAAGACUUCUGGCGAAGGGAUCUCAGCAAUAUUUGUUUGGAAACACAGCAAGUGAAUCACUGCCUGGCACUUGCACGCUCUGCCGGCUUCGAGUGGUUCGUUUUCCUCCGCGGUCUGGACAAGUUCCUCCAUUCCGAUGCGGAUCGUUCACCCGGAAUGGUGCGACGUGUUCUUCACGAGGCGCACCAGCAGCAGAUACCGUAUUUCCAAGUCCUGCGACGGCAUUGUGGCGCCAGGGAUCCUGAAGCCAUGCGAAAUGCUGCAGGGAUCAGUGCCGAAGUGGGCCUUCCAGUGCCAGUCUUCAGUCAGUACCAGCGCUGUGAACCCAUCCAACUUUCCAUUGAUGAUCCCUUGCGAGAUGACAGCUGGGUGCCUAUAAUGAAAGCUGCUGAAGUGGACUUGCUGAUGACCAACAUGGCGGUUGAUUUCAACAAGUCAGGUUUCUCCAUGCCGUUUCUGCCCAUCCGCCGUCUGCGCGCGCAGCACUUCGUCCGGGCCUUCGAGGUGGACGGAAGGUCCGCCACGGAGCGCGCCUAUGCGCCGUCGCUGACGGAUGCCGCGCGCUUCACGGAGUUGGACCUGGAGAUGGACUGGGCCGUGGCGGAGUUGCGAAAAUUGGCUCAGCUGGGAGGGCAAACAUGGGAAAACUGA